ACUUCAUUCCAUAGCUUUUUGAAAUUUUAUUGGUAACCUCACACUUGGUAGUCUUACUUUUCUCCCUCUACCGUCCGAUUCUAGGCUUUCUUCUACACGUCCGUCGGAAACCCUAACCCUAGAUCGCUCAUUGUUCCUUUCUCCCCCCCAAUUUCAGCACCGAUCUUCUUCUUUGCAGUCUUCCGUAUCCUUAAAGUUUGAAAAUGGUUUCUGACGCUAGCAAGAAGAAGGCUGCUCAGAAAAAAGCAGCUGCAGCAGCUAAGCGAGGAGGAAAGGCCGCCACAUCGUCAAAGGCGGCGGCUGGAACUGCAGCUAAUAGUGUUGAUAAGGUUUCUAAUGGAGUUGGCAAUCUUACGAUUUCUGAUCGGACUUGUACUGCUGUUCUCUGCUCUCAUCCUUUGUCCAGAGAUGUUAGGAUUGAGUCUUUAUCCGUCACAUUUCAUGGACAUGAUCUGAUAGUCGACUCGGUACUGGAGCUGAACUAUGGAAGACGUUAUGGUUUGCUGGGAUUGAAUGGUUGCGGGAAAUCAACCCUACUUACUGCAAUAGGAUGCCGCGAGCUUCCAAUUCCUGAGCAUAUGGAUAUCUAUCAUUUGACAAGAGAGAUUGAAGCUUCUGACAUGUCUGCCCUUGAGGCUGUAAUAAGUUGUGACGAGGAAAGGGUGAAGCUAGAACAAGAAGCUGAAAUAUUAUCAGCUCAGGAGGAUGGUGGUGGGGAGAGAUUGGAACGUAUAUAUGAGCGUCUGGAAGCCCUUGAUGCAUCAACUGCUGAGAAACGUGCUGCUGAAAUUUUGCACGGUCUUGGAUUUAACAAGAUGAUGCAGGCAAAGAAGACUAAAGAUUUUUCUGGUGGUUGGAGGAUGAGGAUUGCUUUGGCACGGUCAUUAUUUAUGAAUCCCACUAUUUUACUGCUGGAUGAGCCCACAAAUCAUCUUGACCUUGAAGCUUGUGUCUGGCUUGAGGAGAAUCUGAAGAAUUUUAAUCGCAUCCUGGUUGUUGUUUCACACUCACAAGAUUUCUUGAAUGGUGUUUGUACAAAUAUUAUACACAUGCAAAACAAGAAGUUGAAGUUCUACACUGGUAACUAUGACCAGUAUGUUCAGACCCGUUCUGAUUUUGAAGAGAAUCAGAUGAAACAAUACAAAUGGGAGCAGGACCAAAUAGCUAACAUGAAGGAGUACAUUGCUCGGUUUGGUCACGGGUCAGCUAAAUUAGCUCGUCAAGCACAAAGUAAGGAAAAAACACUUGCAAAGAUGGAGAGGGGAGGGCUGACAGAGAAGGUUGUCAGAGAUAAAGUUUUGGUUUUCCGGUUCACAGAUGUUGGAAAGCUCCCCCCUCCAGUGUUGCAGUUCGUGGAAGUGUCAUUUGGUUAUACGCCAGAGAAUAUCCUUUACAAAAACCUUGAUUUUGGUGUAGACCUUGACUCUAGGAUUGCUUUGGUCGGUCCCAAUGGUGCUGGAAAAAGUACACUCCUGAAGCUGAUGACAGGGGAUUUGGUUCCUCUUGAGGGCAUGGUGAGGCGGCACAACCAUUUGAGGAUUGCUCAGUACCAUCAGCAUCUGGCAGAGAAGCUUGACCUAAACAUGUCGGCUCUUCUAUAUAUGAUGCAAGAAUAUCCAGGAAAUGAAGAAGAGAAAAUGAGGGCGGCAAUAGGAAAGUUUGGGCUGUCUGGUAAAGCACAGGUAAUGCCUAUGAAAAAUUUAUCUGAUGGGCAGCGUAGCCGAGUUAUUUUUGCUUGGCUGGCUUACCGUCAGCCACACAUGUUGUUGCUAGAUGAACCUACUAAUCACUUGGAUAUUGAGACUAUUGAUUCAUUGGCCGAGGCCUUGAAUGAAUGGGAUGGUGGUAUGGUUCUUGUCAGUCACGAUUUCAGGCUUAUAAACCAAGUGGCUCAUGAAAUAUGGGUAUGUGAGAAUCAGAAAGUCACUCGUUGGGAAGGCGAUAUUAUUGCCUUCAAAGAGCAUUUAAAGAAGAAAGCUGGAUUAUCCGAUUGAGGCAAAGGAUUUUUAUAGUGGAUGAUUUGUCAAAAUGUUUACUAGUAUGUACACCUCACAUUCCGUUGUGCUUUAAUGAGCUAAGCUCCUUUCUGAUUAUGAGUCUCGAGCCAGCAUCAUUGAGCAUUACUGUUGAAUGAGUUUUUUUUGUUUUUUCUUUUUUUUUAUUUUUGUUCUUUUACUUGCGAUUACCCUAUAAAACAAUCUCAGUAGUUAACCAAUGAGACUGCCUUGUAAACGAGAUCAUAUGUGAACCUUUAUGUUUUGAAUAUAUAUUUACUAUUAUUUUUGUUCUC